AUGGCAAAGAAUGUGAGAGAGAUGUAUGCACUCCUUUUAUUCACAGCUGAAGAAACAGCCAUGGGACAGACUGUCACCACCCCCUUGAGCCUCAUGCUUGACCACUGGUCGGACGUGAAGGCACGAGCCAACAACGAAGGAGUUGUAGUUAAAAAGAAUGAAUGGAUCACCCUUUGCAAGGCCGAGUGGGUCAUGAUGAAUAGGACCCACCGCCAUACCUGGGGAAUCGGGGACCAGGGGAACAGGUGGCCCCCGCAGCGGCACCAGAACCGCCGGCGGCCCCCCGAACAUCCUCUACAGGGACAGCGGGAGGAUGAGGCUCCGGCUCCCUCCCCAAUUGCGGAUGAGGCUCUGGCUCCCUCCCCAAUUGCUGGUUGCCUCCGAGGAAGGCGCAACGAACCAGCCAAAGAAUCCAGAGCCUUCCCCCUCCGAGAGGGCCCCAAUCACCAGCUCCAAUACUGGCCAUUUUCAGCCUCUGAUCUUUACAACUGGAAGCAGCAUAAUCCUCCUUUCUCUAAGGACCCUGUUGCCUUGACUAACCUGAUUGAGUCCAUUUUAGUGACCCACCAGCCUACGUGGGAGGAUUGUCAGCAGUUAUUGCAGACCUUCCUGACGGUGGAGGAGAAGCAGCGAGUCUUCUUGGAAGCUCGGAAGCAGGUUCCUGGAGACGAUGGAAGACCCACCCAAUUGCCUAAUAUCAUUGAUGCAGCCUUUCCCCUCACCCGCCCGAACUGGGACUUCACAACCCCAGAAGGUAGGGAGCACCUACAUCUCUAUCGCCAGUUGCUCUUAGUGGGUCUCCGGGGGGCUACUAGACACCCUACCAAUUUGGCUCAGGUUAGAAAUGUGAUUCAGGGAAAGGAUGAGACACCGGCAGCAUUCUUAGAAAGACUCAGAGAAGCCUAUAGGAUGUAUACCCCGUAUGAUCCAGAAGAUCCAGGACAGGCACCAGGCGUCAUCUUGUCUUUCAUCUAUCAGUCAAGUCCAGAUAUAAGGGCCAAAUUACAGAGACUAGAGGAAUUGCAUUUGUUCAGUUUGUCAGAUUUAUUGAAAGAAGCAGAGAAAGUGUUUAAUAAAAGAGAAACUCCCGAAGAGCGGGAGGAGAGGAUGUGGCAGAAACAGGAAGAAAGGGAUAGGAAACGUCAUAGAGAAAUAAGUAAAGUCCUGGCCGCUGUAAUAUCUCAGGGACAGGGCAGAGAGGGAGUUAGGAUGGGAGAUCAAAGAAGGAUACCGCUUGACAAAGACCAGUGUGCUUACUGCAAAGAGAAGGGACAUUGGGCUCGUGAAUGCCCAAGGAAACCUCAAGGGUCUCGGAGAAUUAAGCCAAGGGCCACGGACCUCCUCAAUCUGGAGAAUUAGGGAAGUCAAGG